AUGUGGCCGUGGACAACAGAGUUAAUAGAGUCAGAUACAACUGAGGACUUCGUCAAGAUUGUCUACAGGACAAUAGGUUUGCCACUAUGGCGUGAAAGUACAUCAGUUGUAAAUGAUGAACUCUUUAAGGGUUACAGACAAAAUGGUGGAGGUAGUGGAGGUGGAAAGACGAAUGAAUUUGUUGCAGGUUAUGAUUUUCUGAACACAAAUACGAAUGGUCUUGAAAUGAAUAUUUGGGUCAUAUUAACAUAUCUCGUGUACGAGAAGCAACAGAAGCUGAAGAUUAUGAUGAAGAUGCAUGGUCUGAAGGAUGGUCCUUACUGGCUAAUCUCCUAUGUUUACUUCUUUUCCCUGUCGGCUAUCUACAUGAUACUGUUUGUGAUUUUUGGCUCCUUGAUCGGUCUAGAUUUCUUUAGGAAAAGUGACUAUAGCCUUCAAUUUGUCUUCUAUUUCAUCUACAUAAACCUGCAGAUUUCACUUGCAUUUUUUGUAGCUUCCUUCUUUUCUGCUGUCAAAAUAGCCACAGUGGUUGGUUACAUCUAUGUAUUUGGCUCUGGCUUACUAGGGGAAUUUCUUCUUCGCUUUUUUGUUGAGGAUACUGGUUUUCCAAUUGUAAUGGAGAUCAUCCCUGGAUUUUCAUUGUUCCGAGGAUUAUACGAGUUUGGUCAAUAUGCAUCUGCUGGAAACUCAAUGGGGACCACUGGUAUGAAAUGGAGUAAUCUAGAUGACUCUCUUAAUGGAAUGCGUGGUGUCUUCAUUAUUAUGGUUGUGGAGUGGGCAAUACUUCUCCCCUUGGCAUUCUAUGUGGAUCAAGUCUCGUCGCUGGGUGGUGGAUUCAAGAAAAAUCCCUUUUUCUUUCCGAGCUGCUUUAAGAAGCGUGCUCUAUCAUUGCGGAGAUAUAGCUUUGGGAGACAAGGAUCUAAAGUAGUCGUUGAAAUGGACAAUCCUGAUGCUGUUCAAGAAAGAGAGGUGGUUGAGCAACUUCUGCUAGAACCCAUUGCAAACCAAGAGAUCCUCUCUGAUAACCUCAAAAAGAUGAUUGGGCUUAUUCCACCAACAUCUGGCACCGCCUAUGUACAUGGACUGGAUAUAAAGACUGACAUGGAUGCAAUCUAUUCUAACAUGGGUGUAUGCCCACAGCAUGACUUACUUUGGGAAACAUUAACAGAAAGAGAGCAUCUAUUGUUUUAUGGGAGACUGAAGAAUCUUAAAGGCACUGAAUUAUUGAAGGCUGUUGAUGACUCUCUGAAGAGUGUUAAUCUGUUUCACGGUGGCGUUGGUGAUAAGCAAGUGGGAAAGUACUGUGGGGGCAUGAAACGAAGGCUUAGUGUUGCCAUUUCAUUAAUUGGGGAUCACAAAGUGGUUUUCAUGGAUGAGCCAAGCACCGGACUAGAUCCAGCAUCAAGAAACAAUCUGUGGAGUGUUGUGAAGGAGGCAAAGAGAAACCGUGCUAUCGUUCUUACAACGCACUCAAUGGAGGAGGCAGAAGUACUAUGUGAUAGACUUGGCAUUUUUGUCGAUGGUGGAUUCCAGUGCCUUGGUAACCCAAAAGAGCUGAAAGCUAGAUAUGGCGGCACCUAUGUACUGACAAUGACAACAUCUUCGGAGAAUGAGCAGGAGGUUGAACAGCUUGUUCACCGCUUAUCACCAAAUGUGAGCAGGAUAUACCAUAUUUCAGGAACCCAGAAAUUUGAGCUGUCAAAGCAGGACUUGAAGAUUGCAGAUGUAUUCCAUGCCGUCGAGAGUGCAAAACGCCGGUUCAGCAUAUAUGCUUGGGGUCUGGUUGACACCACCUUGGAGGAUGUCUUUAUUAAGGUUGCCAAGGGAGCACAAGCAUUCAGUGUUGUUGCAUAA